GGGUACCGCCGCCCCACGGCAGCGGGCAGCGGGCAGCACCGCUGGGAGCGGGCGCCGAGAAAGUUUGGGUCCGGAUACUGCCGAGGGAGGCGUGGAGGCUAUCAAUUAGAUGUUGAUAUGUAAAGCAAAAUGGCAAAAAUCAACACCCAGCACUCCUACCCUAGCAUGCAUGGACUGUCUGUCAGAACUACUGAUGAAGAUAUUGAAAGGAUUGAAAAUGGCUUUAUCAGAACCCAUUCACUGUGUGAGGAUACAUCUUCAGAACUGCAGAGAGUCAUUUCUAUGGAGGGAAGACAUCUAUCUGGAUCACAAGCGAGCCCAUUCACAGGCAGGGGAGCAAUGGCAAGGCUGUCACGAUUUGUUGUAUCUCUGAGGUCGUGGGCUACAAGACAUCUACACCAUGAAGACCAAAGGCCUGAUUCUUUCCUAGAGCGUAUCCGAGGGCCAGAGCUUGUAGAGGUGUCCAGCAGGCAAAGUAACAUCCGCUCCUUCCUGGGCAUCCGUGAACAGCCUGGGGGAGUAAACAGUCCGUGGCCCUUGGCCAGGUUUAAUGUCAACUUUAGCAACAACACCAAUGAAGACAAAAAGGAAGAAAAGAAAGAGGUUAAAGAGGAAAAGAAAGAGGAAAAGAAGGAGGAAAAGAAAGAGGAAAAGAAAGAUGAUAAAAAAGAUGACAAAAAAAAGGAAGAGCAGAAGAAAGAGGUCUUUGUGAUUGAUCCUUCAAGCAAUAUGUAUUACAACUGGCUGACCAUCAUUGCAGCACCUGUGUUCUAUAACUGGUGUAUGCUUAUAUGCAGAGCCUGCUUUGAUGAGCUACAGGUUGACCAUAUCAAAUUAUGGCUGUUCCUGGACUAUUGCUCUGAUAUCAUCUAUGUUUUCGACAUGUUUGUCAGAUUCAGGACAGGCUUCCUUGAGCAAGGCUUGCUGGUAAAGGACGAAAAGAAGUUACGAGAUAAUUAUACCCAAACUGUGCAGUUCAAGCUGGACGUGCUGUCUCUUCUGCCAACAGACCUGGCGUAUCUGAAGCUGGGUUUGAACUACCCUGAGCUGCGAUUUAACCGCUUGCUGAGGAUUGCUCGCCUGUUUGAAUUUUUUGACCGCACAGAAACCAGGACAAAUUAUCCAAACAUGUUUCGUAUUGGAAAUCUUGUCUUGUACAUUCUCAUCAUCAUCCACUGGAACGCGUGUAUAUACUUUGCAAUUUCAAAGGUAAUUGGCUUCGGAACCGACACUUGGGUCUACCCCAAUGUAUCCAUCCCGGAGUACGGGCGCCUGUCGAGGAAGUACAUUUACAGCCUGUACUGGUCAACGCUGACGCUGACAACCAUCGGGGAAACUCCUCCGCCUGUGAAGGACGAGGAGUAUCUCUUUGUGGUCAUUGACUUCCUGGUGGGAGUCUUGAUCUUCGCUACCAUCGUCGGUAACGUGGGCUCCAUGAUUUCCAACAUGAAUGCCUCCAGGGCAGAGUUCCAGGCCAAAGUCGAUUCCAUCAAGCAGUACAUGCAUUUCCGAAAAGUAACGAAGGAUUUGGAAGCCAGGGUUAUUAAGUGGUUUGAUUACCUCUGGACCAAUAAGAAAACAGUGGAUGAAAAGGAAGUUCUCAAAAAUCUGCCCGACAAGCUGAAAGCUGAAAUUGCCAUCAACGUCCACUUGGACACACUGAAGAAAGUGCGUAUAUUCCAGGAUUGUGAAGCUGGACUGCUCAUCGAGCUGGUGCUGAAACUGAAACCUACUGUCUUCAGUCCUGGGGACUACAUAUGCAAGAAGGGAGAUAUUGGGAGGGAAAUGUACAUUAUAAAGGAGGGAAAGUUGGCAGUGGUGGCAGAUGAUGGUAUAACCCAAUUUGUAGUCCUGAGCGAUGGCAGCUACUUUGGUGAAAUCAGCAUCCUCAACAUCAAAGGCAGCAAAUCGGGCAACAGGAGGACAGCCAACAUAAGGAGUAUCGGUUAUUCGGAUUUGUUCUGCUUGUCUAAAGAUGAUUUAAUGGAAGCCCUCACAGAAUACCCAGAAGCCAAAAAGGCUCUGGAAGAGAAGGGCCGACAAAUUCUGAUGAAAGACAAUUUAAUAGAUGAGGAAGCAGCAAAAGCAGGAGCUGACCCAAAAGACUUGGAAGAAAAAAUAGACAGGCUUGAAACAGCCCUGGAUACACUGCAGACGAGGUUUGCGAGGCUCUUGGCGGAGUACAGCUCUUCUCAACAAAAAGUUAAGCAGAGACUUGCCAGAGUAGAAACCAGAGUGAGAAAAUACGGUAGUGGCACCCUAUCCAUUGGAGAAGAAGAGCCUGAAAAACCCGAGGAGCAGAAAAAGGACUGAUAAGAGUAUUUAUAUUUCAUUACUUAAUGGAGAAGGUUGGAAUGUGUGAAAGCCAUAAAUGUAUAUAAAUACGUGCGUGCAUACAUAGCCAUGAUUAUUUUUAUAUGGACUUGAGAAUGGUUUUUAGCAUUUUUAACUGAAGCAGAAUUUUUUUGUAAAUAGGAUAAUGUCACCUUCUUCGUAGGGGAGAUUUGGUCCAUCAUUUGGGUACAUUUUUGUACUGGGAGUGGAUUUCUUCUAAGUUAUGCUCAGACCAUCCGGUGCAUGUAUGGCAUGUGUAGGUCUUGACACACUGUCUCUUCACACACACGUUGUGUUAAGAAGGCGUUAUACUUAAAGUAGAGGGAUUAUUAUGAUUCUUUUUUUUAAGGCUUUGAAAGUAUUUAUAGAGUACAUCUACCUUCCUAGACUAUUAAAUGCAUGGAUACACAGCCUGGCUUCUCAGAAUCCUUCUUCUUUCACAGUGAAGCAGUCUGCACAAGCUGUAGGACUACGACUAAGAAGGCGCUUGGCCUACACAGUGUAGAUCUAUGUACAACAACCCCCACUUGAGAGGGAAUCCCCAAAAGCUCACUGAUGGAAGAUGUCUGUAUAACAAUAAAGCUUUAGAAAACCUGGGAAGAGCAAAGAGUGUCUUGCAGCUCCUGGACACUUGGUUUGCUCAGUGCUGGAAGGACACUGCUAGGAAAUUAUGCUGCCCAGAGAGGUGGUGGAUGCCCUGAACCUGGAGGGAGACACGGUCAGGCUGGAUGGGGCUCUGAGCAACCUGAUGUAGCUGUAGGUGCCCCUGUUCAUUGCAGGGAAGUUGGACUAGGUGGUCUUUAAGGAUUCCUUUUAACUCUAACAAUUCUGUAAGCUGCUAGGACUGCAGGAAAGGAUGUCCCUUUCUGCCUGCCGCCUUUCCUUCCCCAUAGGGUUCCUGCAAGCUGGGAACAGACCCUCUGUUGAAAAGUCUUUCUGGCGUUGGAUCUGUUUUCUUUAUUUCAUUAACUAACACAGGUAGAACCACUCCAAAUAUUACUUACACCAAACACGUGCCUGCCAAACCCCCUCCCCACACCAAGGACAAAAACGUUUGUUCACCAGAUGGGUCCAACAGCUUCAGCCAUCAGGGAAAGUGUUUGCUGUUCCCUUUUCCUUUCUCUCUGCUUAUCACAUGCCAGAAAAAGAGCACUCCUGAUAUAAUUGGCUUUGGUCACUUUAAAAUGUGUAGCUUUUGGCACUGUGAAAUCACAUCCUUUGCCGUCUUUCAUCUCUGUAAGACACUUGUUUCCCCUUAAUGUGGAUACAGCAUGUACAUUAAAUUAUUUUGAGUAGCA